CUGUGACCCUGGGGGAGGGAGCACAGAAGUCGUUAUGGUGUACUAGAAAGUCCAGUUCAUUUUGCUCAUUUGAAAUAAUGAAGCAGGGCCUCUGGAGCAUUAUUUGUGAGCAUCUGCCUCUUGCUGAGAAGACAGUGAUGGACAGUUUCCUCAUGGACAGAGCCUCUUGCUUCAUGACAUGGUGUUGUUUUGAAGACUCAAGCGCAGGUUGCCUUGAGACCCAAUGGCGAGUGCAUUGGCUUGCCUGAGGAUUGAUAGAGGGGGCUUGAGUUAGUAACCCCCUCUUCCUGAUAGGGAGGUUCCACCCACCCCAUGCUCCAACUGUCACUCUCUUAACUGUCACCCAGAUCUUGCUUCUCAAUCCUACCACUUGCCUGACUGUUCUUUGGAUGGCUGCUGGCUCAUGAGUUAGGAGAGCUUCAUGAGGACCAGGUGAAAACCUCAUUUGUGUUUCAGGGGCCAGCCAAACAUACUUCCUUGAGGAAAACUCAAUGCUUGGGGUUUUAGUCGCUUUUGUCUUUGAGUGCUUUGAAAACUCUUGCUUUCUCUCCUGUUUUUUUAGGACACUGUAGACACCAACUUGGGUAUUUGAACAUCUUUCAAGGACCUUCAGCUUUACAUGAAGAUUGCAUUCUCAAAGGAGCGCCAGACUUUAUCAUAGAGGGAAAUAUUUCUUUUUGUCUUCAAAAUGAAAAUAGACUUGGAGAUCAGUGAGCCAGUCAACUUUGGCUCUGGAGAUCAUCAAUACCUGGUUCAAAAAGCAGCAGUUAAAGGUGGAUCUUCUAAAGUGGAUCAUCCCUUCACAUAUUCAUCCAGAGACACGCCACAGGAAGCCAUAAAAUACCCACAUUCGAAGCACAGAGAUGCAGCAAAUACCUAUGCAGUACAAAUUUCAGAGGAUGUUAUCACAAAUGAGGGCAGCAUGGCUGCACCCAGUCCCUUCGAAGACGUGUCUAUCCGUAGAGGUUUCAUCGUGAAGGUAUUCAUUGUCCUGUCAGUUCAGCUGCUCAUCACUAUUGCAGUCGUCAGCGUAUUUCUUUUCUGCGAACCUGUAAGAAAUUGGGUCAUCAGCGUCCCUUGGUUCAUGUUUUCACUCUUCCCAGCAGUCAUGGUUGUUAUCAUCGUGCUCGCUUGCUGUAGGGAUAUCCGACGCCAAGUGCCUGCGAACUACAUUCUCCUGGCAUUGUUUACACUCCUGGAAGGCCUGCUGCUGGGGAGUAUGUCAGUCACCUUCAAAGCAGACGAGAUUCUCUGGGCAGCGGGAGCAACCACUGUGGUGACAUUAGCGCUAACCUUAUUUGCUCUACAAACAAAAUGGGAUUUUACCAUGCUAAACGGAGUGUUGUUUGUUCUCCUCGUUGUAUUAAUGAUCUACGGGAUUAUCGCAAUUGUCAUACGAUCCUACUGGGUACAUCUGGUGUAUGCCUUGCUUGGAACCCUGAUCUUCUCCAUGUACCUGGUGAUGGACGUGCAGAUGAUGGUGGGGGGCCGCUACCAUUAUGAGGUAGACCCUGAAGAGUACAUUUUUGCUGCUCUGAAUAUCUACGUGGACAUCAUCAACCUUUUCAUUUUCAUUUUGGACCUGAUUGUACGAUAGCCAGCGGCCAAGGCAGGCUCAUGCUGAGAAGAGGGAAGAUGAGAAGCCUGGCUCCUUGUGUCACCAGGCCCAGACACACAGCAGUGACCGACUACUCAUAAGCCCUUUCCAUAGUUAGUUAUUCGGUUAUUCAUUUAUGUCAAAAGAAGUGGAGAAUUCAGUAGCUGUUGCUGUUAUUCUUUUAUUUCCCUUGCUAUAUGGCAAACUUUCUUAUUCAUAUGGAUACAUUUCAGAUUCCUAUAAAUUCAGAAAAUGAGUAUCCUAAUCAUAGGUUCCCACUGCUUUGUUGAAGUUUUAAAACUAGGCACAAUUUAAAGUAAACACCUCUACAAAAAUAAAGCUAAUUGUAGAAAACCCCAAAUACUUCCUUUCUCUUUAUUUGUGUAUUCUAUGGGGAUAUUUUAGCAUGUGAUUUUUUUCUUUAAUAGUGGUACAAACCAAAAUAUCAUGCCUUUCUCCCACUUUCCAAAGCCAGACUGGAGAGAAUUCUAUCAGGUAGGGAGGUGAGAGGCUCAAGACAGAGUGGUGGCUACAUGCCACCUGUACCUCUGUGCCUCUGUGUCUGGGCCAAUUGGUCUUAAAACAUCUUAAACAUCAUUUUAAAUUGUCAUAAAACAUACAA